AUGAAAAUAAUCUUCAUUUUAUUGCAAAUUGGAUUAUUGACCAAUGUAAUUUAAACUAAGUCAGUUGCAAAAAUGAAAGAAGUAUCAUAACUCUAAUUAUAAUUUAGUGUUUGACAUAUGUUCUAGGGUACAAUUAAUAAUGCUAUCAACAAUAUCAGGAUUGCCUAUUAAAAGACAUUUGUUUAGGAUUGUAUGUUCAGGGCAAGACUCUUUGUUUAGACGAUUUCAAAUAUGAUACUGAUCAAUAUUUGGGAGAAUGUGUUAGUACUUAAUAUGCAAAAUUAUAAAAUGAUGAUGCUAAACUUUUGGUCGAUUGUUUAUAAGAGUAAUGUGAUAUUUUGAAUAAUGAUGCCACACUCCAGCAUCUUUCAAGCAUAUUGAUAUUGAUUUACAUAUUUACUUAAUGA